AGCGCCUGGAAGCCCGGACGGGCGGCGUCCGACCCCGCUCCCCGCGCGGAGCCCAGGCCGGGACGCUGAGGUGCAGCGGCGCAGUCCGCGUCCCUUCCCUAGCCCUGGAGGGAACUUUCAAACUUAGUUAGGAAGCAGGACGGUCCUUGAGUCCGCGGGUCGGUGCGUCGGUCCCUGGCCGGCCGGAGCCGAGCGCGGCUUUUCGUCACUCGGAGCCCGGAUUUAACGGUGCGCGCGGGUUUCCCCGUGGCCGUGGCGCAGACGUGCGGGCUUGGUGGCGCUGCGUGUUUGAUGGUGACAGUGCCUACGUGGGGAUGAGUGACGGAAACCCAGAGCUCCUAUCAACCAGCCAGACCUACAACAGCCAGAACGAGAGCAACGAAGACUAUGAGAUCCCCCCAAUAACUCCUCCCAACCUCCCUGAGCCACCCCUCCUGCACCUGGGGGACCACGAAGCCGGCUACCACUCACUGUGCCACGGCCUCGCGCCCAACGGACUGCUGCCUGCUUACUCCUACCAGGCCAUGGACCUCCCGGCCAUCAUGGUGUCCAACAUGCUGGCCCAGGACAGCCACCUGCUAUCGGGCCAGCUGCCCACGAUCCAGGAGAUGGUCCACUCGGAGGUUGCUGCCUAUGACUCGGGCCGGCCAGGGCCCCUGCUGGGCCGCCCAGCGAUGCUGGCCAGCCACAUGAGUGCCCUCAGCCAGUCCCAGCUCAUUUCUCAGAUGGGCAUCCGGAGCGGCAUCGCCCACAGCUCCCCGUCUCCCCCAGGGAGCAAGUCGGCGACCCCCUCUCCCUCCAGUUCAACUCAGGAGGAGGAGUCAGAAGCACAUUUCAAGAUGUCAGGAGAGAAGAGACCCUCAGCUGACCCAGGCAAAAAGGCCAAGAACCCAAAGAAGAAGAAGAAGAAGGACCCCAAUGAGCCGCAGAAACCCGUGUCGGCCUACGCGCUCUUCUUCAGAGACACUCAGGCCGCCAUCAAGGGACAGAACCCCAGUGCCACCUUUGGGGAUGUGUCCAAAAUCGUGGCCUCCAUGUGGGACAGCUUGGGAGAGGAGCAGAAGCAGGCCUACAAGAGGAAGACAGAAGCGGCAAAGAAGGAGUACCUGAAGGCUCUGGCAGCCUACAGGGCUAGCCUCGUCUCCAAGAGCUCCACCGACCAGGGUGAGACCAAGGGCACUCAGGCGAACCCACCAGCCAAAAUGCUCCCACCCAAGCAGCCCAUGUACGCCAUGCCUGGCCUGGCCUCCUUCCUGACGCCAUCCGACCUGCAGGCCUUCCGCAGCGGGGCCUCUCCCGCCAGCCUCGCCCGGACACUGGGCUCCAAGUCGCUGCUGCCGGGCCUCAGCGCGUCCCCACCGCCGCCCCCCUCCUUCCCUCUCAGCCCUACCCUGCACCAGCAGCUGCCACUGCCCCCCCACGCCCAGGGCACCCUCCUCAGUCCACCUGUCAGCAUGUCCCCAGCCCCCCAGCCUCCUGUCCUGCCCACGCCCAUGGCGCUCCAGGUGCAGCUGGCCAUGAGCCCCUCACCGCCAGGGCCACAGGACUUCCCUCACAUCUCUGAGUUCCCCAGUGGUUCCGGAUCCCGCUCCCCUGGCCCAUCCAACCCCACGAGCAGCGGAGACUGGGACAGCAGUUACCCCAGCGGGGAGUGUGGCAUCAGCACCUGCAGCCUGCUCCCGAGGGAUAAGUCGCUCUACCUCACCUAAGCGCGCCUCCCUCUCCUCCCCGAGGCUUGCUGGAAGGGCGCUGCUCAGAGCCUGAAGAGCUGACAGCAGAAGGAGGCCUUGGCAGGAAGCGGGGUGAUGGAGGAGAGAGAGCAGUGACAUGCUGACACGCCAGGGUUGAGUCUCUUCCUCGACCUCCCACCAGACUCUGCAGAGGCAGCCCGCCGCCCACCGCCAGCCCAAAGAACCUGCCGGAACCUUCCGCCCCCUGACCUGCUUGCUCCAGGGUUACUGUGGACCCCGCUCCUCGCCCUGCCACUGUACCCUAUGUCUGGACGUCUGGCCCCAGUCCAGGCUCGUGUGAGCUGCCCCUGGACGGCUCUCUCUCUAACAGAAACCCACCCCCAGGUACAUGGGGCGGGGGCCAGCUCAGCCACAGACGUGCAAAUACGGUUUUAUGGUGUGAACAAGAGAUUAUGAAACUUAUAAACUGUUGGCUCCGUGUAAGUACUAGUUGACUAAGUGUUUUAGAACUGUGCUGAAAACAUCUGUAAGAUUAUUUUGUGGGGGGGAAGGUAGUUUCCUUUAAGGUAAAAAGCAUUUUAUAUGACCCUUAGCACAUUUUUUUUUAAAGUUUUAUCUUAAGGGAGACAUGCACAAAAGAGGCUGCCAAACCAUUUCACCAUCUGUACAGCAAGAACUGGACAGUUUACAGCCACACUCAGAGACAUGGCGCUUUCUUUUUUUUUUUUUUUGAAUCGUACAUCCUCCAUCUAUUUAAAAUGACCAACAACGACUUGUCUAUUUAUGAAGAACAAUUGAAAACAAAAAUGCCGUUUAUCAUAAAGUGUGCGUGGUUUGGGGGUUUGGUUUGGGUUUGGGUUCUUAAUGUUUGCAGCUGUUUUCUGACCCUGCAAAUUGUCUGUCUCGGUGCCCAGUGCUUCUCUCAAACUUCUUUAUAAUAAAACUUCUGAAAAGUUG